UUGAAACAAUCUACUGCCAGUUAACAACUCCACCAACUCAUUUGUAAACUAACUAAACGUUGUCGUAUUAAACUUCUUCAUCUUCCUUAUUUCUUUUCUCACUUUCGUGGAAGUUAUAGUGGUGAACCAUUACGCGCAAUUCCCAAACUGUUUUUUUUUUUUGGUUGACCAAACCCACAUUCAACAAAGUCUCUGUUUGACCAAAAAAAAAAAAAAAACUGAAAAUUUCAACUGUUUUUGUUCAGCCAGUCCCAAUUAAAUUUGGGAUUGAGGAGUAAGUUGGGUUUAUAGGAGCAAAAAAGAUUGAAGCUUUUUGAGGGUUUAAAGUAUGAAUCCAAAUUGGGAGCUACAGAAUUGUUGUAACCGUGACCAAAAGUUCUUUAUUGGUACCAUUGCUGUUUUUACUGUUGUCAUUCUUAUAUUAUGGAGGACAUUUAUCCUGACACCUUUCAAGCUCAUUACUGUAUUUCUUCAUGAAGCAAGCCAUGCAAUCGCAUGUAAGCUCACAUGUGGUCAGGUGGAAGGAAUGCAAGUUCAUGCCAAUGAGGGGGGAGUAACAACAACACGCGGUGGCAUUUAUUGGUUGAUCUUGCCUGCUGGAUAUCUUGGUUCGUCUUUUUGGGGGAUGGUUCUCAUACUUGCAUCGACAAAACUUCUCACUGCAAAAAUUGCUGCUGGUUGUUUCAUUGCUGCUCUUCUCAUUGUGCUCUUUAUUGCCAAAAAUUGGACAUUGCGAGGACUUUGCAUCGGAUUUAUCAUUUUCAUGGCUGUAAUCUGGGUUCUGCAAGAACUAACAACAGUUCGCAUUCUUCGAUACGUAAUUCUCUUCAUAGGUGUUAUGAACAGCUUGUUCUCAGUUUACGAUAUAUAUGAUGACUUAAUUUCUAGAAGAGUGAACUCAAGUGAUGCUGAGAAGUUUGCUGAACUGUGUCCCUGUCCCUGUAAUGGUGUUGGUUGGGGAGUUAUCUGGGGAAUGAUAUCUUUUAUAUUUCUUUGUGGAGCUAUGUACCUCGGACUCGUCAUUCUCUCAUGAGGUUCAUGCAAAUGAAUUUAUGGACCUUACAAUCCAGAAGAACAAAGUAGCUGCAGUUGUUGAUCUCUAAUUCAUUUCCAUUCCUUCAAUGCUAUUGUAUAGCUUUUAGAUAUUUAUUUUUGUCCCCAGGUGCACUGCAUCACUAACCCUGUGGACUCAUUCUUUCACAUCCUUUUUGGAUGGGGUUAAAUUAGUCAUAACUUGUGUCUAUAUAACAAAGUUCAGACCUUUAUAUUGAAGAAACUGAAAAUUGAUUGCUUGGCA